CUUCUUCGUACAAUUGGCUGACCUUUACACAAUUCUCCUAUAUUCAUUUAACCAACAUUUACUUUAACAUAUUAUACAGUUGGGACUUUAUCGAUAAUAUAUUUAUAAAUACUUGAUGGACUCGCCGAGGAGAAAUCGGAACCGCGCGGCCUGCCGCCGCUGUCAACGACGGAAGAUCCGCUGUGAUGGACAAUUGCCUCGCUGUAGCUCAUGCCAGAAGGCUAACUCGCCUUGUCUCAAUGAUGGCAGGCAGCUUGUUCAGCGCUCGUAUAUCGCGAGCAUGGAGAAACGAAUCAAAUGGCUCGAAGCCCUAGUUAAAGAAAGCUGUCCGAAUGUUGAUUUGGAUGAAGUAUCAAGAGACAACAUUGUCCCAGAUAAAGACCCAAUCCUACUUGAGGACCACGCAGAGACCUCUAUUCUGAGCCCUCAGGAAGAGCUUGCCCCAAACGAAGAACAAGGCUCGGAGCAAAGACAACCACAAUACCAGAGUGGACCAGGUAUUCCACCGCGCCCUCUUUCUCUGAUGGAAUCUCGACAAGCUCAUGAGAUCGGACUUGUUUCGCUCUCACCCGGUGGUGACCCACGCUACAUUGGACCUUCCAGUGGAUAUUUCUUUGCCAACCUCGUCUUCUCUAAUGCUGGUCAGCACCAGAAGCGAAGGAAAGCUACUAACGACUCCACGGGGUCGCUUUCAGGAGAAUAUGUCGCUCUCGCGGCAGAGAUCCUUCAUGCACCCGCUUCCUUACCCCCACGACGGGAAAUUGCCGUUGAACUAUCGUCUAAGUACUUUGAAACCAUUCAUGUUGUGUAUCCUUUCUUGCACCAGCCAUCGCAUAUGAGCUACUUAGAUCAAAUAUACUCUUCGGAAGAUACCAGCGCAACAGUGGCCUUCCAGGUGUACAUGAUUUUGGCCAUUGCUGCCACUGAUCUUUCACGGAGGUCGAAAAUUCGCCUUCCUGCUGAAGGCUACUAUACUACAGCAAUGCAGUACUUUCGUAAUAUGACUCCAGACGGGACAUUGGUAGGACUACAGUCAUUGCUAUUACUCAUGGUUUAUGGACUCCACAAUCCAUCUUGUGGAAUCAAUAUCUGGAAUCUUAACUACCAGUGUCUGGCCUCACUUAUUGAUUUAGGCUUACAGCGGGAUGUCCGAAAUGCACCAUCCCUGAAAAUCUCACUUUUAGAACACGAGAUGAGGACUCGGGUCUUCUGGGUCGUGUAUACGUUUGAUCGAACGAUAGGAACAAUGAUGGGGCGACCGGUGGGCAUCCGGGACGAGGCGUGCGAUUUACGACUCCCUAUGGACAUCUCAGAUCAUGAUCUGGUGAAUCAUGAUGCCCAAGAAAGGACGGAAAGGACCCCAGGACAACCGCCUUCUCAUAUAUCUUUUGGCAUCCACCUGUUCAAAGCCGCCCGACUAAACUCAGAAGUUAAGUACGUUAUGCACAGCAUAUCCCGAGAGCCUCCGGCCUACGCCUACCCUCCAAUUCGAGACAUAUUUAGUUGGCAAAGGGACAUUCUAGAGCGCCUGCAAAUCUGGAAGUCAGAAAUACCACAUAUAGGUAGCAGCAAUACGAGCGCCAUACUCUGCGAGAUCAAAUAUCACGAGAUGAUGAUAUUAGUCUUGCGCCCUAGUCCAGCCAUUCCAGAACCAUCGGAAGACUCAUCUAUCUUAUGCUUCAGACACGCCAUGGAACUGCUGGAAAAAUUUAGGGAACUGUAUAAACAUGACGCUCUACAAUACAGUCGGCUAGUUGUUCACUCAAUCUUCUUAGGCACACUUGUGGUACUACACAGCAUUUGGAAAUUACCUGAUAUCUCAACGAAUCUCAAAGUUGAUGAGCUUUCGAAGAAUAUCACCACUGCACUCAAUAUACUUAGCAGUAUCGGCGAAUAUUGGCUUGAAGCCCAGAGAGCCAGGGACUGCAUCGACGAGAUCUCGAGUGUAACUAUGAGGCGACUUUUGAAGACUCGAGGCUCAGAAGGGCCAAUAGCGACCUCCAGGCUCCGUUCAAGGACACGAGCUACGAAUGUAAGCCAACAGGGCCCCAACCUCACCUCCCACGUGCCCUUGGGGCAGGGUGCAGUCCAUCAGCAACCAGAACACUUUGAUUUUGAUGCAAACUCAGCCGGCUUCGGUGAUUUCAACACAGGGGUUUCGGAAGCUGCCCUGGAAUGUUCCGAUUCAUUACAGCUGUUUGGUGACUCUGCAUUUGAGGAGACUUUUGGAUUGACCGGUGUGCCAGAUUUUGAUGGUCUCAUGUGGGAAUUUUUCAACAUUUCAUGAGUCAUAUAAGAUAACUAUAUAUGUAUAUGUUGUUCCUACCCGGACUUAGAUAUACUAUAUACUGCCUCUUCCAGAGAGCUCCCGAAAAUCAGUUUCAGCACUAUCCCGAUACGAAGAUAGUUUUUCACUGCACCUUGAAGCUUUCGAACAUAUACUUGGAUGUGAUAUCUGCAACGUUGUCGUCC